UGAGGCCCUUUAUAAACUCUCUUUCUUCACUCCCAAUUUUCCACUCAAAUUUCAAAAUCAUUCUCCGAUUAAUGGCUUCCAUGGAUGACGCUUCCACUUUGGAUCUCAUCAGUCAACAUCUUCUCGGCGAUUUCAUCUCCAUCGAAGCCUUCGCUUCCAAUUUUAACCUCAACAAUGGUGCUUCUUCGGAUUUUAGGGUUUCUGAAUCCACGCCCCAAAUCAGCGCCGCCGCGUCCAAGGCGGCUCACCGCCGGCCGUCGCUGAACGUGGCGAUUCCUCCCAAGAGCUACUCCGUCAAGUCGGCGGCGGCGGCGGAGGCGACUGAUCAGUUCGAUGUGAGUUCUGGGAGGCAUUACAGGGGCGUCCGCCGGCGGCCGUGGGGAAAGUUCGCGGCGGAGAUACGCGAUCCGAACAAACGCGGCGCGCGUGUUUGGCUCGGAACUUACGACACCGCCAUUGAAGCUGCGAAGGCUUACGACAGAGCUGCUUUCAAGAUGAGGGGAAGUAAGGCGAUUUUGAAUUUCCCUCUCGAGGCCGGGAAGGAGAUGGAGGAGCCACCGGUGGCGGCGAUUGGCCGGAAAAGGAGGAGGGAAACUGAAACUGAGACUGAGACUGGACAAAUAAUGGAGAAUAAGACGGUGAAGAAGGAGGAGUCGUCGGGAACAAUGGAGAUCGGCGAAACAGAACAAGAGCAGAUUGCGGUUCCGGCGGCCGUUUGUCCGUUAACGCCGUCGUGUUGGGCGACGGUAUGGGACAGUGAUGUGAAGGGGAUAUUUAACGUGCCUCCGUUAUCGCCGUUAUCACCUUAUCCCUUAAUGGGAUGUUCUCAACUCACAGUAAUAUAAAAAAAUAAUAAUAAUUAAUUAGUUAAUGUUCUUUAAAACUCGUCUAACUUUGUGAUGGAGAACUUAUGAGUCUUAUCCAAGUUAAUAAACGAGAAGAACACAAAAAAAAAAAAAAAAAAUUGUGGUAUUUGUUUAUUGAUUUAUUGAAUCAAAAAUUGAAAUUUGUUUAUUCAACCAUAUGGAAUAUAAAUGAGAUGUGUUGUAUUGUAGAGGUUAAAUACCUAAUAUGAAAAUUAUUAUAUUA